AAAUAAACAAAACCCAACUCUCUCUCUAUUAAUUCGGGUCAAACAAUGUUGUUGCGAACGACGUUUCAAGCUUGCAAUGCAGCAAUUGGAGAUAACAAUCAGUGCUCUUCAAAGCGAUUCUUUAAUUCGAAUUCGGUUUCAAUUGGGUGUAGAAAGUCUUUUAUUUCUUCUUCUUCUUCUUCGGCGGGUCGGGUCGGGCCGGUUCGGGCUGUAGCUACUAAUGAGACGAAGAGUAAGCAGGUUGCUUAUGAGCCCAGCCUAGCGGAUCGGUUAAGGUUAGGGAGCAUGUCGGAAGAUCGAAUGUCGUAUAAGGAGAAGUUUAUUGUUAGGUGUUAUGAAGUUGGGAUUAAUAAAACUGCUACUGUUGAAACCAUUGCUAAUCUCUUGCAGGAGGUCGGAUGCAACCAUGCACAAAUGGUUGGAUUUUCAACUGAUGGAUUUGCAACUACCCAUACCAUGAGAAAAUUGCAUCUCAUAUGGGUUACUGCUCGACUGUACAUUGAGAUCUAUAAGUACCCUGCUUGGAGUGAUGUCGUUGAAAUAGAGACUUGGUGCCAAAGUGAAGGUCGGAUUGGGACUAGACGUGAUUGGAUUCUCAAAGACUGCGCUACUGGUGAAGUCAUUGGAAGAGCAACCAGCAAAUGGCUCAUGAUGAACCAGGACACAAGACGGCUUCAAAAGGUCACUGAUGAAGUUCGUGAUGAGUUAUUGAUUUAUUUUCCAAAAGAAUUGAGGUUAGCUUUUCCUGAGGAGAAUAAUGGCAGCCUAAAGAAAAUAGCAAAACUUGACGAUCCGGCUGAGUAUUCGAAGCUAGGACUGGUGCCACGAAGAGCUGAUCUGGACAUGAAUCAACAUGUAAACAAUGUCACUUACAUUGGAUGGGUUCUUGAGAGUAUGCCUCAAGAAAUCAUCGAUACACAUGAGCUGCAAACAAUUACAUUAGAUUACAGGCGUGAAUGCCAGCAAGAUGAUGUUGUCGAUUCCCUUACAAGCGUUGAACCUGUUGAGGAUGCUGCUGCUUUAGAUAUUCAGGGGGCUAAUGGAUCUGCUACUGCUCCAAAGGAUGUAAACAAGAGCUUCUUACAUUUGUUGAGAUUAUCAAGCGAUGGGCUUGAAAUAAAUAGGUGUCGAACUGAAUGGAGAAAGAAGCCUGCAAGGAUUUAAGUUUUAAAGUGUUCUACUGUUCCUUGUAGCCUAAGUACUUGACGGAGGAGCUCCCUUUUCUUUUUCUUUUAUUUUUUUAACUCUCAGUGUCGGUAUCUUUUCUUGUCUUUCUGCAGUUUUUUUAUUGUUCUUCUUCUCUUCUUUGUCCUGGAGCUCUGGAUAGAUUUUGGUUGAGAUGAGGCUUCAUUGGUUUGUACUAAUGCUUUAGUUAUGCAAAUAGACAGGAUGAGAAAAAAGCGUACUAGUAUGGGAACGGUAAUUAUUUAUAUCAUGUUAUUUAUGGCAUGAAGCUCCUGCUGGU